AUACCUAACUUGUUAGUUAUCGUUUUAAAAUCUUAUUAUUAUCUUCUUAAAAUCUCAUUAUCCAAUAAUAAUGGCAUAAGCGCCAAAGUUUUGACUUUUCUGCUGUGUAAGAUCGUAUCCUUUACAGCCAUAUAAUCUAUCCUAAUUGGGAUAUAUUACAAUUAAGAGUGUUGCAUGAUCUAAGAAUAUACUCUCUUUCUUUCUAUCUCAGUCUCCUUUAUUUCUAUUUGCAGGAUUUUUUCACAAAAUCUGGUUUUUAAGUCUCCAUGAUGCCUCACCAAAACGGGAUUCCCCCACUAGUCACUGCAGUAAAAUCUUCAGCCGAAAAAAAUGCAGCGAGUUUUCACUUUCCUGGACACAACAGAGGGCAUGCUGCACCUGCUUCCAUGACUGCGCUCAUUGGAAGAAAACCCUUUGUUCAUGACUUGCCUGUGCUUCGUGAGCUUGGCAAUCUCUUUUGUCCCUACGGUCCCAUAUUAGAAGCACAGCUCGAAGCAGCAAAACUCUUUGGAUCCUCGUACACAUGGUUUCUUGUCGGAGGUACAACUUCUGGAAUCCAGGCCGCCAUAAUGGCAACAUGUUCUCCUGGGGAACUUCUCAUUCUUCCAAGGAAUUCUCAUAUAUCAGCUAUAUCUGCUGUGGUAUUAUCUGGUGCAGUGCCUAAGUACAUCAUUCCUCACAUUCUCAAUGAUUGGGACAUUGCUGCUGCUGUCACUCCAUCUCAGGUAUUUCAAGCUAUCCGGGAAGUAGAAAUGGAAGGGAAAAAAGCAGCAGCAGUGUUCAUCACUUCACCAACUUAUCAUGGUCUUUGCAGUGACUUGAGCAGGAUUUCUGAGCUCUGUCACUCUCAUAAAAUCCCUUUGAUUGUUGAUGAAGCUCAUGGCGCACAUUUUGGAUUUCAUUCUAAACUGCCUAAGUCAGCUCUCCAGCAAGGUGCCGAUCUCAUCGUGCAGUCCACUCACAAAGUUUUAUGCUCUCUUACACAGUCAUCCAUGCUGCACAUGUCAGGCAACAUUGUAGACAAGGACAGAGUUUCUGCAUGUCUCCGAACUCUCCAAACCACAAGCCCUAGUUUUCUGCUUCUGACAUCCCUUGAUGCCGCUAGAGCUCAACUCAGUGAGAACCCUGAUACUGUAUUCAACCAAGCAAUUGCAUUAGCCGAUGAAGCAAAGCGUGUGCUAAAACAAAUCCCUGGCAUCUCAGUACUUGAUAAUUCAAGCUUCCCAGCCUCUCCUGCAGUUGAUCCAUUGCGUCUCACUGUAGGGUUUUGGAAUCUUGGUUUAUCAGGUUCCGAAGGAGAUGAAAUCUUAUACAAGGAUUAUGAAGUCAUAUGUGAACUCGUUGGGAAUAGAUCAAUAACUUAUGUACUUAAUCUUGGAACUUGUAGGGAGCAUGUCGACAGGCUUGUGUUGGGUAUUAAGCGUUUGGCUGCAACAUAUGCUUCCAUUGGAAAAGCAGAGAAGAAAGUGGUGAAUGUUCAUGCACCCUUUGAUGAUAUAAUAAUGAGUAUGAUCCCUAGAGAUGCAUUUUUUGCAAGUAAAAGAAAAGUGGCAAUAAGAGAGAGCAUUGGUGAGGUUGCAGGGGAGAUUAUAUGUCCCUACCCUCCUGGUGUACCAUUAUUGAUCCCUGGUGAGGUUGUAACUGAAAAAAUUGUUGAUUAUCUGCUUCUUGUUAGGAGUAAAGGUGCUGAAGUUAAUGGAGCAUCUGACUCCUCGCUUUCUUCGAUAGUUGUUUGUGGUAAAUUAGCAGCUGGGAAGGAGCACCCUUAAGCGAAAACUUCCCAAGUGGUGUUUGGUCUUUGUGUCACGCUACAACGUUAUUAUAACAGUGUACAAGGAUUUUCUCGUGCAUUGAAUAUUUUUCGGUCAGCAAACAAGAUACAUACUCUUUUUGCUCCUCAAGACGAUUAAUCAUGAAUUAAUGAGAUAAACUGUAUAACGCUUAUUUUCCUUCAUUCAUUAAUUUUGAAUUAGUGGAGAUGCGAUUUGGUGGAAAGUGACAUGUCGGGUAGAGAUUUCAAGUGGGAAAAGAUUUGAUCUUUUGCAGUGUCGGUAUCAACUUUUCAAAGUUCGUUCCUUUAAACUUUCCCUUUAUAGCAAAAAUAUGUAAGAUGCUGAAGAGAUCUAUUACGUUGACCCAUUAAUUUUUUCCCAAGAAAAAAGUCAAGUGUACUAUGAUGUAAUGAUCUAUUUAAGUCGGGUAUAUUCAGUUAACCGUAGUAUUGAUCAAAAUGAU